CCAAACCGCACCUCCUCCAGCAGAUGUGACGUUAGUUUGGUGACUUUCUUACUGCGCAGCUGAUUGCGGUUCUGCGCAUCUAUUGAGGACAAACAGUUUGAGGCCAACGGAUGCUUUCCAUCAGGCAUGAGACCCAAGACUUCGGCGUUUUUUGGGAAGUUUAAGAAAACGCAAGUGGAUCUGAGAGCUGAGAGGGAGCAAAGGGAUGUGGUCUCUCACUCUUUGAUGCCAGAAUGAGAACUUACACCCGUGGUGCACCAACAGUGUUCUUUAUAAGUGCACUGUGGAUUCUGGCAUCCCCAGCACUGGCUGAAGUGGACCCCAGUGGAGGCAUUCCGUUCCUUGGAGGGAACUACGAGGGAACUCACCCCAUGCUGUACUUCGGCCAGGCAGAGGUUGAGGAGCUGCAGCGGGCAGCAGUGGGGACGCACAAGGCUUUGGCCCGACAGAUCCGGGAGGCUGGGGAAGCCAUACUGGAGCGACCAGAGGAUUAUCUGCCCCCUUGGAAUCCUGCUGAGUUUAGUGCCCGCUGGAACGAAGUCUAUGGGAACAACUUAGGCCUGCUUUCUAUGUUCUGCCUGCUGUACCCACACCGUGCCGGUGCACUGGAUGUAGCCAAGGAAUACAUGGAGCGCAUGGCUGUGCAGCCCAAUUGGAUGGUGAAAGAUGCACCGUGGGAUGAGGUUCCAAUAGCUCACUCUCUGGUUGGCUUCGCUACAGCAUAUGACUUCCUAUAUGAGUACCUUAGUAAAGUUCAGCAGGAACGUUUCCUGCAGGUGAUUGGGAACGCUUCACGCUACAUGUAUGAGAAAUCGUACCACCGUGGCUGGGGAUUUCAGUACCUCCACAACCACCAACCCACCAAUUGUGUUGCUCUUUUGACUGGCAGUCUUGUGGUCAUGAACCAAGGUGAGUCUAACAUUUCUUUAGAUAUCCUUCAGGAAGCAUACCUCUGGACAAAACAGGCUCUUGCCAUUAUGGAAAAGUCCAUGGUGCUUCUCCAAGAUGUGACUGAUGGUUCUCUGUACGAGGGUGUGGCCUAUGGAACUUAUACCACUCGUUCGCUCUUUCAAUACAUGUAUUUGGUACAGAGGCACUUUGACAUCGGCCACUUUAGUCAUCCCUGGCUGCACAAACACUUCGCAUUUCUCUACAGGACAUUGUUGCCUGGUUUUCAGAGAACCGUUGCAAUUGCAGAUUCCAACUAUAACUGGUUCUAUGGGCCAGAAAGUCAGCUGGUCUUUUUGGAUCGGUACGUCAUGCGAAAUGGCAGCGGGAAUUGGCUGGCUGAGGUAAUCAGACAGAAUCGUGUUCUGGAGGGACCAGGACAGGCAGGGAAGGGUCAACGUUGGUGCACACUGCACACUGAGUUCCUCUGGUAUGACGCCAGUCUUCAACCCACCCCACCUCCUGAUUAUGGUACAUCCCAUCUGCAUUAUUUUGAAGACUGGGGAGUGGUGACCUAUGGAAGUGCCCUACCUGCUGGGAGAAACCACACAUUUCUGUCCUUUAAGUCGGGGAAGCUUGGUGGACGUGCUAUUUUUGACAUUGUUCACCAAAACAAAUACAAAGACUGGAUCAAAGGGUGGCGAAACUUUAAUGCGGGCCAUGAGCACCCGGACCAGAACUCCUUUACAUUUGCUCCAAAUGGAGUCCCGUUUAUCACAGAGGCAUUGUAUGGUCCCAAAUACACCUCUCUCAACAAUGCUGUCAUGUUUGGGCCUGCUGUGUCUGAGAGCUGCUUUGCACCAUGGGAAGGCCAAGUUACUGAGGCUUGUAACUCAAAAUGGCUUAAGUAUAAGCACGGUCAAGCAGCAGACUGCCAAGGUCAGGUGGAGGCGGCUCUGGAGCAGCAGGGCAUGGUGUUUAUUCGUGGGGAGGGUCAUGCAGCUUACAACCCUGAGCUGAAGAUCAAGAAUUUUCAGAGGAACUUGCUUCUACUUCAUCCUCAGCUGCUUCUGGUGGUGGACCACAUUCAGCUGCAUUUAGGCAGCCCGACACACAGCAUGAGCGCCUUUUUCCACAACACAGACCUGCCCUUCCAGAAAACCCAAGUCGAUGGAGUUCACGGUGCUCUGAUCAGACACGGAAAUGAAACAUCCAAGAUGUUCUGGUUGGACGAUACGGGCGGCAGUGAAAAGGCAAUAGUGGGAUAUAGGAGCUACCCCCGUGGAUACCCCUAUAAUGGUUCAAACUAUGUAAAUGUGACUAUGCCACUGAGGCACCCCAACAGCAGAGUGGCAUACAUCUUCUUCGGAUCUGGAGUGGAUGUGCAGAGUUUCAGCGUGCAUGGAGACUCAGAAAGACUAGAUAUCUAUCUGGCCACCAGGGAUCAGACCUACAACAUCUAUCUGCUCACAGAUGAGGUUCCCACCAAACCGAUGGCCAUGGUAUUGGUGGACCAAAAGAAAGUGGUGUUUGAAAGGACAACAGGGGUAAAUGAGCAUCCCUUGGAGGAAGUAGAGGAAUAUGUUAAUGUUGUGGAGGACAAUCUUCAGCAUGUCAAACCAGUCUUCCAACAGCUGGAAAGGCACAUCCUUUCACGGGUUCUUAACACGGACAGUUUCCACAAAACUGCUGAGCGUCUCCUGAAGUCCUCAGACAAGAGGAAGACAUCCAGGACUAUUGAGAAGAUGUUUUCCCUUUCUAAGAAGCAGGGGAAGGGGAAGGGAGGCAAGAAGACAAGCCUUUCCGACAGCCUUCCAGACAUCUUUGCUCAGAUUGAGGCAAGUGAGAAGAAGGAGAGGCAGCGGACAAUGAAGCGAGUCUAUGAGGAGCUUCCAGAGGAGGCAGAUGGUGACUCAAGGGCAUUCAUUGAUUACAGUGAUUUACGAAAGGGCAGAAAAGUGGGAUUUGUAAAGGGGCGGAAAUUCAAAGAAGUACGCGUGGGGGCUACGGCAGAGAGUGAUGAUGUGUUUAACACCACUUCAUACAUUCGCCUUUUCCUCAUUUUAAAUAUAGCCACUUUCUUUGUCCUGCUGGCCGUGCUGUUGACACGCUUCCAGAGGGCGCAGAGUUUGCACAUGCAGCGAUGCCUCUACUGUGUCCUCCUCAUAGACAGCUUCAUCCUGCUCUGUCUAUACUCCUCCUGCUCUCAAACGCAGUGCUGACAUCUAUUCUGUGGGACAUUCAGCCUGGCGCAAUACACCAGCCUUUCGCACAAGUGUCGAUGCCAAUACUUUGGAGGAAUAUCCCUAUUUGCAGCAGCAGUGCAUCUAAAUGAGGCAUCAUCAGUAUGGUACAUGGCUCCUUCUCAUAGGCACAGUCAUAUCAUCACUAUGAGAUAGAAGUGAGAAGUAUGUCUACUCCACCAUGCAGUGCUGCUGCAGUUCAUUUAGCACAACUCUCAAUACUGAGCCAGUAUUAGCAAACAGAUGUUGCGAAGUUUGCCAUCCCACCUCAAAUCAAAAGCUUUUGUGGAGCUUUAAAAUAGUUUACAGGAACUUUGUCUUGAAGUACAGAGCCCUGCACAUGAAAUAAGGGGGGGAUUUGGAUAUCCUGAAUUGGUUCUGAUGACUUAAUUAAUUUCCUCACUUUAGUUAAAGGUGCCCUAGAAUUAAAAAUUGAAUUUAUCAGUACAUAGUUUAGUACAUGGAAAUGACAUACAGUGAGUCUCAAACACUGUUGUUUCCUCCUUCUUAUAUAAAUCUCAUUUGUUUAA